AUGCUGGCUUGGCCCGGGGAGCUCCAGCGGCCGGCGCAGGACCGCUCAGCCCCGCGGGCCCCUGGGGGCCGAUGUGGGGCGCGUCGGGCGCUGCACCAGACACGCGCCGCGCGCAGCUCGCGGAAGGGCCGGUUCCUCGCGGGGCGGGGGGGGGGGGCCCGGGGAGGGCCCCUCGGCCUCCACCCGCCAGAUCCUCCAGGGAAGCGGACCCCAGGCGAUUUCCAUGAGCGGGCUGGGCUCCAGCGGCAUCAGCUCCAGCACCCCCCCCCCGCGCCCCCCGACCUCUCCCGGCCGAGCCCGGAGCGCGCAGGAACGCGGACACGGCCACGCACACGCCCGCCGCCCUGCAGGCUGACCCCGGCCGCGGAGGUCGCCCCCGGCCCCGCAUACACACCCGCCGCCCUGCAGCCGGGGGCCCGGCACGCUCAGGGGGCCAGAGGCGGGGGCGGGGGGCAGCGACGCGCGGCUGCAGCUCCCGCAGGGGGCUCCCGGGCGCCUGCCCUCCUACCUGUAACCCCGCCGGCCGCCCGGCGGCCCGGACGCGUGCAGCACCGUCCCCCGCCCCGGGCCACCCACCCCGGCAGCUGCCUCCUGCAGCCAAAACCGCCUCACAAAGCCUGGCCAAGCAGCUCCCAGCCAAACUGCCGCGAAGGGGACCCAGCGGGCGGGGUGCGGAGAGGCAGCGGGGCUCGACGAGUCCGGGGCGCGACCCGGGCGCACGCGGGCCCCGCGCACGGGCCAGACGGGCGUCCGGGGAGGAUGGCGGGGGGCUCGGGGGGCUCGGGGGGCCCCGAGCCCAGCUCUCACCGGGUCCCUGUCGGCUCUGCAGCCCGCUCCCGCCGGCGGCGGCGCCCGCUCCGGGCCGAUGGGGAGAAGGCGCCCCCUGGUCUGCGUGCAGCCCCCGCCACGGGAUGA